ACGCUAAGGAAGCCGGAAGCCGGGAACGCAGAACGCCGUGGCGAGUGUUCGCGGUGCACUGUGGGAAGAAGCCUGUAGCUGUUGUUUUGUCGAGGCGAUUUCACGACCGCCGGCUUUGAGAGACCGCGGCCAAAAUGCCGGAGCGAGAUAGUGAACCCUUCUCUAAUCCAUUGGCCCCAGAUGGCCACGAUGUGGAUGAUCCUCAUUCCUUCCACCAAUCGAAACUUACCAAUGAAGACUUCAGGAAACUCCUCAUGACCCCAAGGGCUGCACCUACUUCUGCACCGCCCUCUAAGUCACGCCACCAUGAGAUGCCAAGAGAGUACAAUGAGGAUGAAGACCCAGCUGCACGAAGGAGGAAAAAGAAAAGUUACUACGCCAAGCUACGCCAACAAGAAAUUGAGAGAGAGAGAGAACUUGCAGAGAAAUACCGGGACCGUGCCAAGGAACGGAGAGAUGGCGUGAACAAAGAUUAUGAGGAAACUGAACUGAUUAGCACCACGGCCAACUAUCGGGCUGUGGGCCCCACUGCUGAGGCGGACAAAUCAGCUGCAGAAAAGAGGAGACAGUUGAUUCAGGAGUCCAAAUUCUUGGGUGGUGAUAUGGAGCAUACCCAUUUGGUGAAAGGCUUGGACUUUGCUUUGCUUCAGAAGGUACGCGCUGAGAUUGCCAGCAAGGAGAAGGAGGAAGAGGAACUCAUGGAAAAGCCCCAAAAGGAAACCAAGAAAGAUGAGGAUCCUGAAAACAAAAUUGAAUUUAAAACACGACUUGCUCUUCUGGGUUCCUUGAGUGUUUUUGUCCUACCAUUUCAUCUGUGUGGAACGUCCCUUCAAUACACCUUCUUACCUGUCAUCUUCCUAGCUAACAAUUGUGCCCAGACAACACUGACUACGAAUGACAUUGUUAUCAGCAAGCUCACCCAGAUUUUGUCAUACCUGAGGCAGGGUACCCGAAACAAGAAGCUCAAGAAAAAGGAUAAAGGAAAGCUGGAAGAAAAGAAACCUCCUGAGGCAGACAUGAACAUUUUUGAAGACAUUGGGGAUUAUGUUCCCUCCACAACCAAGACACCUCGGGACAAGGAGCGGGAGAGAUACCGGGAACGGGAACGUGAUCGGGAACGGGACAGAGACCGCGAGCGGGAACGAGACCGGGAGCGGGAGCGAGAGCGAGAGCGAGACCGCGAGCGGGAGCGAGAAGAAGAAAAGAAAAGGCACAGCUACUUUGAGAAGCCAAAAGUGGAUGAUGAGCCCAUGGAUGCUGACAAAGGACCUGGGUCUGCCAAAGAGUUGAUCAAGUCCAUCAAUGAAAAAUUUGCUGGGUCUGCUGGUUGGGAAGGCACUGAAUCGUUGAAGAAGCCAGAAGACAAGAAGCAGCUGGGUGAUUUCUUUGGCAUGUCCAAUAGUUAUGCAGAAUGUUAUCCAGCCACGAUGGAUGACAUGGCUGUAGAUAGUGAUGAAGAGGUAGAUUAUAGCAAGAUGGACCAGGGUAACAAGAAGGGUCCCUUAGGCCGCUGGGACUUUGAUACUCAGGAGGAAUAUAGCGAGUAUAUGAACAACAAGGAGGCUUUGCCCAAGGCUGCAUUCCAGUAUGGCAUCAAGAUGUCUGAAGGACGGAAGACGAGACGCUUCAAAGAAACUAAUGAUAAGGCAGAGCUUGAUCGCCAGUGGAAGAAAAUCAGUGCGAUCAUUGAGAAGAGGAAGAAGAUGGAGGCUGAUGGGGUUGAAGUGAAAAGACCAAAGUACUAAUCUCUAGUUCCAACCGUCACCACAUGGCUGUGCUUUCAGCUGUUUGUUUCUACAAUUCCUAGAAAGGUUGCAAACUGUUUUUGUUUGUGAAUGUUUAUAAACGUAUAUUGUAUAACUUUGUUUAUAGAUCUGCCUCCCAAGUGCUAAGAUUAAUGGCAUGCAGCACCAUGCCCAACAUGUUCAAUUAAAAUUAGUUAAACCCGC